AUGGCUUCUGAUCCAGCUUCGCUCAUUUCCGUGGGGUCCCUGCGUGCCAUCUUCGACGAAACUGCAGGUGCAGAGAGUGAACCCAUCGUCCAAUGUGUGCAGAUCAAGCCUCUUGCUCCCCAGCCCAACGGGCAGGAGCGAUACCGCGCUGUGUUCAGUGAUAUUUCCAACUAUGUCCAGACCAUGCUGGCUACACAAGCAAAUCACUUUGUUACCGAAGGAGGCUUGAGAAAGGGAUGCAUCGUCCGCCUCAAAUCAUUCCAAGCAAAUCUCGUCAAAGGCAAAAAAAUCUUGAUUAUCCUAGAUCUAGACGUUCUCAAUGAUCUGGGCGAGUUUGAGAAAAUUGGUGAACCAAAACCCCUGGAAGCGAAGGGCGCCGAGGAAGAGAAAGCCCCCCCAACAAUAUCCAGCAACGGCUUCUAUGGCGCAAAGCCCCACCCUGCAGAGGAGGGAACCCGCCAGAGGACAGAGAACUAUCGCCCUGUAUCGAAUACCGCACACGCUACCAUCUAUCCUAUCGAAGCCAUAUCCCCUUAUUCCAACAAAUGGACAAUCAAGGCGCGUUGCACAAGCAAGUCAGCCAUCAAAACUUGGCAUCGGAACAACUCUGAAGGAAAACUUUUUAGCGUUAACCUUCUUGAUGAUAGUGGCGAAAUAAGGGCCACGGGGUUCAACGAUCAGUGCGACCUGCUAUAUGAUCUCUUCCAAGAGGGCUCUGUGUACUACAUUUCGAGUCCCUGCCGCGUUCAGAUUGCUAAGAAGCAAUUCUCAAAUCUACCGAACGACUAUGAGCUGACAUUUGACAGGGAUACCGUUGUGGAGAAGGCUGAGGAACAAAAUGACGUUCCUCAAAUUCGAUUCAACUUCACAAGUAUUGGUGAUCUCCAGUCAGUCGAGAAAGACACAACUAUUGACGUGAUCGGCGUGUUGAAGGAGGUUGGAGAAACCUCUCAAAUUACUUCCAAGACAACAAACCGACCUUACGACAAACGAGAGCUCACGCUAGUUGACAAUACUGGGUUUUCUGUCCGUCUUACUGUCUGGGGAAACACAGCUACAGCUUUUAGUACAGUUCCGGAGUCAGUAGUAGCAUUCAAAGGCGUCAAAGUCUCGGAUUUUGGAGGUCGGAGCCUCAGUUUGCUAAGCUCUGGCACAAUGACGGUUGACCCAGACAUGGAAGAGGCUCAUAAGCUCAAGGGCUGGUAUGAUGCACAGGGACGAUCAGACACUUUUACUUCUCAUGCCACGAUGCCCGGUGCAACCGCUCCUGGGGGUGGAAAGCUCAGUCAGUUCAAGACAAUUGCCCAAAUCCGAGAAGAACAGCUAGGCAUGUCAGAAACGCCAGAUAUGUUCUCGCUCAAAGCCACCAUUGUCUUUAUCAGGCAAGAAAACGUGAGCUACCCUGCCUGUCCUUCUCAAGGCUGCAAUAAAAAAGUGAGCGAGUUGGAUCCUGGACAAUGGCGAUGCGAGCGGUGUGACAAGACGUAUGAGAAGCCUGAAUACCGGUAUAUCAUGCUCAUCAAUGUUUGCGAUCACACUGGGCAGCUAUGGCUCAAUUGCUUCGACGAAGUUGGACGACUUGUGAUGGGAACAUCAGCGAAUCAGAUGGUGGAGAUCGAGGCGGACAACAAGCAAUUGGCCAAUGAUAUGUUUCAGGAUGCCAAUUGCCAGACAUGGAGCUUUUGGUGCAGAGCCAAACUGGAUCAUUACGGAGACCAGCAGAGGGUUCGCUAUCAAAUUUCUUCAGCCAAGCCGAUUAAUUACUCUGAUGAGGCUACUCGCUUGACCAACUUGAUUGAGUCUUACACCCUAGGAUAA